ACACUAACAAUGGGGGUCUAGGUCUAGGUGUAAUUUGGUAGUUUUGUGAAAAUAACUAUCCUGGGAUAAUUUUGUGCAAUAAUGUGAUUACAUUUUAGAUAUUUACGUAUGUUUUAUAAGAUAUUAUUAAAUUUAUUGCUAUUAGUUACCUUUCUUCUAAUACUUUAUGUUAUUCAAACGAACAAACAAAUUGAUGUGUUUCACAAGUCUUACAAUGAAGAAAAUGCUGAGAUCCUCAAUGUUUCAACCUCCGUGAGCUCCGUUUUAUUUGCAACAACUAGGGUGAAAAAUGUUUCGGUUAUUGAUCAGUACUUUAACAUUUGGUGUAUAUUUACUAAAGUCAAAAAUAGAAGUUCAUCAUUAAAAUACAAGUUUAGCACACUUAUAACCUCAGUCCUACAACACUCCAGUGUCAAGCUCUCGUUUCACAUUAUAUCUGAUGCUAAAAGUAAAUAUUUUGCCCAGAUUUUGUUUGAUGACAUUCGCAUUUCUUCAAAAGUCCAUGUCGAUUUUAAGGUGAGAUUUUACGAUGUGAGAAACAUAACCUUGCAGUUGUCCAAGUUGACCUCAUCCAUGUUGCCUUACUUUACAUCCCAGCCAGGAUCCUACUACAGUGAUGCUUUAUUCUUCAUAUCUUUAGGCCUUCAUCAAGUGGCCCCUGAAUCCCAAAACAGAGCAAUCAUGUUAGAUGUCGACACAAAAGUUGUCGCUGAUAUAGCACUUCUCUUUCAUGAGUUUAACAGGUUCGGGAAGAGAGCAGUGUUGGGUAUUGCUCCGGAGUUGUCACCGGUCUAUCACCACAUUCUGUACUUGUAUCGCAACCACCACAAGCAUUCUCGCCUUGGAGCCCCUCUUUCAACCGGCGGCUUCCCCGGGGUCAACAGCGGUGUCUUGCUACUUGACUUCCAACGUCUUCGCUUGUCUGAUGAGUACAACCAGCUGCUGAACCCGGACGCAGUCAAACAGAUGGUGGAUAAGUACAGCUUCAAGGGUCAUCUUGGAGAUCAAGACUUUUACACUCUGGUAGGGUUUGAGCGCCCCCAUCUGCUACACCAACUGUCGUGUGGGUGGAACCAUCAGUUGUGCGAGUGGUGGCGAGACCACGGCUACCGGGAUGUAUUCGACAACUUCUCCCAUUGCAGUGAACCUACCCUACUGUACCACGGUAACUGCAACACACCUAUUCCGCAGGACUAAUGUCCCUCUAUUCCACGUUCACCUUGCACUACGUUUUGUCUAAUAGCCAUGUAUUUUAAUUUCGUAUAGACGCUAUCUACGUACAUGUUACCGCUUAUCUUCCGGUGUACAGAUAGUUUUCUCUUGUCUUAAGUAAGCUAGGUACUAUCAGGAAAGAAUGUCUGUUGUUUGAAUCUUUUAAAUUUUUACUUUCUAUUGUAAAAUUUAGGUUCAAAGUAGAUGAACGAUUAUUAGUUUGAAUCACUAAGCAGGUGAUUUCAUUAAAGAGUAAAUUUAGGUUUUAUCUUUACAUUAUAACUUAUAUGGUUCUCCAAAAAGUUGUAUAGUAUCUUUAAACAAUCUUUUCCUCAUCAGUAUUUUGUGAACAAAUUUGUAAAAGCCAUAAGGACUAUAUAUUUAUUUCUCAAAUGAUUCUGUCUUUGACCUACAUCUAGUUAUGUUUGCUGUGUUAGAUUAUAGUAGCCUACCAAGCCUGUUUAUUUUAAUGUUAAAGUCUAAAGUCUACAUAUUGACAAAGAUAGGCCUACCGUAGUAAUUCAUUUACAAUAGUUUUACAUGUUAAAUAUCUUAAAGUGCUUCUAAACUUUGUUUUAUCUAAUUGUAUGUAACAAAAUGUGAUACAUCUAUGUUAAUUAUCUUUAAACAUUCCUAAAUCAUACUGGUACAAAUCUUUUCUUGCCAUAUGUUACGAUUUGUGUUGUGGUAUAGCUUAUUUGUGUAUAUUUGUUUGAUUGAAAAAUAUUGUUUUGUCAUUCGGUACUGCAGCAAAAACAGCUGUUUUUAAUACAUGUCUUACGGGUCUAAAGUAACUCUUUUACUUCCUAGGGAGUAGGCCUAAUUAGCUUCUUUUUAGUCGUCCCUAGGGAGUAAAAGUCAGAUGAAAACUUUGAUUGUAAUCAACCGCUUAUUUCAACAUUAUGUCUAGAUUGAUUCUAUUGGUUGCAGCUUAUUUUUGCAUUCUUGUCAAUAGUUCAAAAUUGAUAGUAUAAAUACAGUAGAACCUCGCUAAUCUGUCACCUACGGGACCAGUAGCAUGGUCGGAACAGCAAAAAGGUCCUAUUUUCAGAGGAACCUUUUUAUUGACAUAAAAACGUAGUAAAACUGUAUUUUGAACAGACCACGGCUAACUGAUAACCACGGUUAAUCCAACAUGACAUAAACAGUUAUUUCCAACUAAAAAAAAAACGCCUAAAUACUAACAAACUGUACUGAGCGGGAGCGGGGCGAUAGCGGGCCCGCCGCUGUAAAAACUUUGUCAAAAUUGUGCAAGCGAUAGCGGUAGCCCUUGGUCAACGGAGAAUGGAAGGGAGACACAGUAUUGCCAACUCAAACUCUGCCAAAUAAUUGACACAACUAUUUGUCGUAAGUGCACGUGCGCAUGGGUUAAGUUGGCAACCCUGGCUGCUCCCGCUCCCGCCGUGCAUAAACAGUCUCAUUUGACUCAAUGUAGCUGAAAACCGCUCUAUCCCAAGCAACCGCUGCGAUUUCUAACUACACAACGGUCGAAUUAGAAACCGCAUCGGGAGGUCAACCGCUACCGCUAUCGCUCUUCGUGCAUAAACAGCCCCAUUUAACUCAAUGGUGUUGAAAAUCGCUCCCGCUCUUGGUGCAUAAACGGGGCCUAAAGGAGCAGACAUUGUCGGUGCAAACGGAUAGCUUGAAGCUUUCAUCGACAUUCCUUUGUUUUGCUUCUGUUUUAAUCUUGUCAAAUGAACUGUGAUUUUUCAAAAACAAUGUGGGAGCCUACUUAAUAUUAAUAAUAGGCAUAAAUGGUUAAAUAUACAACAAAUUUCAACACAUUAGACUAAAAAAAAACACAAUUUAUAAAGUUUUUUAGGUAUUUUUCUUGGACAAUGAGGUUAUGUUAGUGGAAGCCUAUUGUGUUGGCGGCGCGGUCGCACCAAGCGAGGAGUCGGACCAUAUGAGGUCGGAUUAGCGAGGUUCUACUGUACAAUAACACAAUCGUAAUAGACAAAAUCAUUGAAUCACUCACUAAACAUCUGCUUGUUUGCAUUUGCAAAACUAAAAAUAAGCUGGAAGUAGUUUUUCACCACACUAUGAUGUUUUUUAACUGUUUUACAUACGUUAAUUGGUGGCCGAAAUUACGUUUUGCUGGCCAUUCCAGGUGUCGUCAUCAUUUGGGGACCAAGCAGGUUUUUACAUCACUAGCCACAAAAUCAGCUGCCCGCUUAUUUCUUAAAACAUGAAAGCAUAUUAAAUACACAAUCAGUGUCCAUAGCUAUGCAAAUGGAUUGUUUUAUUGUCACCGCUGCCUAGCAACUAUUCAUUAUUUUUUUGCUGAUUCCUCAAAUUAUUUCUUCACAUAACCUUGAAGUUGUAGUUGUGUUGACUAUCAGUGUGCAUUAUUAUUGUGGUGAAUAGUGGUAAUAGGGUAUAGUGUGGUGAAAAAUAGCGUUUGUACCAUGGACCGAAAUGGUUUUGCUGCUCUCGAUCGUUUUAGAAACUAUCACAAGCCGACAAAACCUCAUUUUCGGCCCUCGGUACGAAAUAUACUACUGAGAGCUUAUCUUAGAUGAAAAGUAUUUACGUUUUCUAAAUAAGUUUAUUAAAUCAUGCUGCAAUAUGAUGAAAAAUUUAGUUCAUCACUCGGACAAAAGGUGUCUCACCCUCCGAGCUCAUAGGUCACUUAACGCCCUAGUGAUAAAAUAUACCAUUAUCAUCUGAGAAUUGUAUAUACUACAGCUUUUAUCUUUUACUUGGUUUCUUACCUGUAAAAACUUAUUUAUAAGGAACAAUUAACAUUAAUAAAAAAGUAUAUUUAGGCCCGCACCACACUAUCCCGUUUCCCUGGUCCGGUCAAAUGGGACCCGUUUGGCGGGAUGAUUUGAACUCAUGGGUUUUACUUUGAGCGGUCACAUUGUUGCGGUUGCGGCGCAAUGACGGGAUCCACUGUAUGGUACUCCGUCGUAGCAGGACAACCGGAUAAAAGGCGAAAUACAUGCAGUUAAAUGAGAGCAGCCACACUAUCCGAUUGAGCACAUGGACAAGUCUAUUGAAUGUGUCCACGAUCAACCUGCUUUUUGGGAUAAACGCCUUUAAGAGUUCUCUGAAAGGAAAGGAAUGAACGAGAGAAAUGUUGAUCUUAGAAUUAAUAAAUUGUGUGCUAAUUUUUGUUAAAUGUGGCCUCAAAAUCUCCUGCAGCUCAACAAAAGACGUGAUGAACAUUCUAUAAUAAUUAAAAAACUUGCAAGGAUAUUGCCUUAUACUUUCUUAAACUGUUCAUCUCUAUAAAAUAUAGGUCCCUUAGUUGCCAUUAGCUGUAUGGGCUAUUAAUUAACAGCUGUGGCUAAGGAAUGUCGGCCUUAGUCACUAACAAGACUACAAGAUCGUGCCACUCAUCCUUCACUCAAACAUUCAUACUUGGCUUAAAAUACCUACUUUGUAUGGUCGCCAUUUCAUUGAACAGUAUAAGAGUAUGAUUUUCGCAAUGAAAAGGGUGUACCCAAUAACGCCUACAAAAAGGUUUUCGCAACAAACCACUUGCUUCAAGCACAGAGCACAUACAAAUUUAUCCUUGGACAACAUUGUAAUGUUGUCACCAUCAACAGUGCACUGCAUGUGAUGCUCGGCACUCUUUCAUUCGACGUUUGCUCGUUGCGGUAGAACAGGACAAGUGUGACAGGGCAAUGGCAAUGCAGUAAAAAUGCAUCCCGCUUUAAGCCGCAUCCAGCCAAACGGGAUAGUGAGGUGCCGGCCUUAUUGUUAAACUAUUUAGAUUAAGUAUUUUAUAUCACACUUAAAUUUAGUUUACGUAAAUGCCUUACAAACUGAUUUCACUGUGUGACAUUGGUAGAAAUGUGCAUAUAUUCUAAGGAUCCUUUAUAUCAUAAAUCAGUUUUAUUUUAAUGGGAGAUGGACAAAAUAGCUUUCCAGUUCAAAAAUUAGUGAUACCACACAAUGUUUUGGGUCCAAAUCUUUUAUGUGUUUGUCAUAUUAUAAUUGCAGGUUAGUUUAAAAACUGCCAAUGGAAAAUUGUUCAAAAUUUUCAUUUGGGCCUCAAAAUAGUUAGACUUUUCUUGAUAUCAGGAUUUUGAUAUCUCAUACAAAUGUCUGCAAAUGUCUGAAAAACAUGUUCAUGUCUAGAAUGCAUAAUCUGAAAUUAUCUAAAGAAAUUGGACUAAUUUGCAUUAUUUUUAAUAGUUUGGGGGAGUUUUGUUGAUUCCAAAAUCUUUAAUCAAUUUUAAUACACUUUAUACCACAACAGGGAGAAAAUGAAAAGUAAUAAUUCAGACAUGUUUUAAUAAUGCAUUAUAACUCUUGUUAGGGUGGUCCACUAUUUUUCUCAUUAGUUACCAUUUGUUCUUGCCAGUUAAUUUUUUAAAUAGGCUACCUAAUAAUGAUAUUUUUAUUGAUACUGUAGCUUGUUUAAUGGUUUGAUAUCAGAUAUCCACUAGUUUGUUACUGCACUUGUGUUUAAUAUUUAAAUUUAGGUUAACUUACAGGAAAAUUGGGUCUAACUAAUAAGUUUGACUAAUGUUGUUAUAUUAGAUUUGAAUUAUUGUUGUAGAAAUCAUUCCUCAGUUAAAGUUAUUUAUCAUUGUUUUAUUUACAAUUAAGAACUUUAUGUAAUGUUAUAGUGGUUUGAACAUAUUUAUUUUAUAGUUUUAUAUAUAUGAGGCCUAUUGUAUAGCCAUUAGCCAAUAAGAGUGUACCAUAUUAUAGUAGAACCUCGCUAAUUUGAACCUUGAUAAUUCAAAAACUUCUAUAGUUAGAAAUGUUUGCCUGUUCCCCUCAGAAAACCUCUAAAAUUCAAAUAAUAAUAUACCAAUGAUUCAAAGUGAUUUCACGCUUAAUGCAGUCUACAUUUCAAAUUUUGUUGCCGUAAUUUAAACUGUUACCUCCAAAAUGUGAAGUCAACCUCUACAAUUCAAACUGUGUUACCGUAAGCCUCUGUAAUUUGAAUUCAGGACAAAACAAUUUGCCUGUUGAAAUAUGAACUGACACUCUCAUUGAUGUUCCCACAAUGUGUCCAUUAGUCUUCGUUCUCUCAAACUCUCUACACUUAAAACUGGGACCUCCAUGAUUUGAAUUUUAUUUAUUUUGACUUUUUAUAAAUCAAACUCACUAUAUUUCAAACUUCCCGUAGUUCGAAAUAUAUUGCCUUUCCUCUGAAAUUCGAAUUAGGAAGGUUCUACUGUACUUACUAUCAAAAUGUGAAAAAGACAAACUUAUUUAUAAAUUAGAUUCUUUUUUUAAAAGGUUCUAGAAGAAAUGUUUCCAUGACGUAGAAUUUCAGAUAACUUACCGAUCUAUAAGUAAAUGUACAUACAAUUUUAUAAAGAUUUUUAUUACAAAUAUAUUUGUA